AUGGCAUCCGAGUGGGCAGGUGCUGAGGUGAUCGAGAGGCUCGUUAACGGUGGCGCAGAUGUCCAUGCCCAAUUCACGAAAGACUCGCUGCAACUACGCCUGUACGACGAGCAAGAUUAUAUCGUCGACAACAUCACUGCAAUCCACAUGGCUUCUUUUCGUGGCAAUUUUCUUGCUCUGGAGACUCUACUCGCCCAUCAUGGGGACGCUAUCAGCGACCUGGAAAUGGUGUCCUCUUGUGAUAGUCGAGGGAGUACACCUCUUCACUGGGCUACACGGACUAAGCUGUUUAACCCCAAUUCAUACGAAAGAGCACAGAACAUCAAAGCAACCAUCGAUCUCAUUUUGGAUAUGUGUGCUGGAAUAGUUAACAUUCAAGACGCUGAAGGGAACACAGCCUUACACUACGCCUCUCAAUACUUCGGUGGAAAUGGAGAGGUCUUUAUGUCAAUUUUUGAAACGAUUUGCGACAAGGGUGGAGACGCAAGUAUACGCAAUGCUCGGGGAGAAACGCCGCUUCAUACUGUGCUCUCCAGUGCAGAAGAGACAAUCGACCACCAGAUCUUAUCUCUCCUGCUUAUCUAUGGCGCAAAGAUCAACGAUAUUGAUCAUGCUGGAAAUACCCCUCUACAUAUUGCAGCUCGAAGACUAGAUAAUCAUGGCGUAAUAGCUUUCCUUAUAACACAGGGCGCUGAUACUGCUAUUCGUAAUUCCAAAAAUGAGACACCUGUCCAUUUAGCCGCUUUCGGGAAUGUACUCACCUCGGGUAUGGCAGAGAAGGUUGAGACGCAAAAUCUGGUUCUCGCAACUCUAAUAAGCGCCGGAGGAAUUGGGCUGAUGGAUCUUCCCGAUGCAAAUGGAAAAACACCAAGGGAAAUCUGCAAGGAGCGGAGAAGUAACUGGAAGAAAGAUGAGGACAGGGACGGUCUGAUAAACAGACGCCGUGAACGAAAUCUGGCAAGUGCCACAACUGUUAAUCCCGGAUGUUAUCAUAAAUAA